CCCUAAACCUGCAUACAAUGACCCUAACAAACUCACUAAUAAAACCAUCCAAACACAUGUCAAGAAAAUAAAAAAAAAAAAUUAGGCACAUCCAAACCACCAUUUCCUCCCAACACACUACCAACCAAUUCAACACCCAUUUUCACCUCACAAUAAUAAAUAUAUAUUGAAAAGCACAACCACCAUUCAUCUCUCUCAAACAUUCAAACAUGCCAUCCUCCCCUCCAUUACAACGUCUCUCUCUUCUUCCUCUUCUCCUUCCCCUUCUCUUCCUUGCCAUGUUCACCAACUCCCAGCCACUAAGCACAAGUGGCAGAUGGCUCAUUGACACAAGCACUGCAAAGCGCAUGAAGCUCCGGUGCGUGAACUGGGCAGCGCACAUGCCUGCAGUGGUUGCCGAGGGGCUUGACAAGCAACCACUGAAUAGCAUCACCAUGCGUGCAGCAUCACUAGGCUUCAACUGUGUGCGGCUCACUUGGGCCACACACUUGUUCACCAAGGAGCACUAUGAGAACCUCACUGUAGGGGAGUCAUUGAGGUCUUUGGGGCUUGAUAAGGCUUUGGAAGGAGUGAAGAGGAACAAUGGAGGGAUGGUUGGGAUGGGAGUUAGAGAGGCUUAUGAUGAGGUAGUGAAGGCCAUUGGAGAUGCAGGUAUGAUGGUGGUUCUGGAUAACCAUGUCAGUAGACCUCAGUGGUGUUGUGGUGGUCAGGAUGGCAAUGGCUUCUUUGGAGACUUGUAUUUUGAUCCGGAUGAUUGGCUCAUUGGAUUGGAUUUUGUGGCUAGACGGUUCAGAGGUUAUUCACAGGUGAUAGGAAUGAGCAUGCGCAACGAGCUGCGAGGUCCAAGGGAAAGUCAGGAAGCAUGGUAUAGAAACAUUACUGAAGGAGCAAGCAGAAUUCAUGAAGCAAACCCAAAUGUACUGGUCAUAGUCUCAGGCUUGCACUAUGACACUGAUCUCAGUUUUUUACAUCACCAACCUUUGAAUUCUACCUAUGACAAUAAGCUAGUUUUCGAGGUACAUUGGUAUUCCUUCAGCAUACGGCGGGACUGGGCGAACAAAUCACCGAACAUUGUUUGCUCUAGUGCAACCAAGAAGUUGGAACAACAAGCCGCAUUUUUAGUAAAGAAUGAUGAUGAUGGUGAUGGUGGCACACCAUUGUUUGUUAGUGAGUUUGGAGUGGAUCAGAGAGGAUGGAAUAGAGCAGAUAAUAGAUUUCUCAGCUGUUUUCUGAUGUUUGCUGCUGAGAAAGAUCUUGAUUGGGCAUUGUGGGCAUUGCAAGGGAGUUACUACAAGAGGAAUGGAGUUGUUGGUCUUGAUGAAACUUAUGGAGUUUUUGAUUUCAAUUGGGAUCAACCAAGGAAUCCAAAGUUUCAGCAGAGGUUUAGACUCAUCCAACAAAUGUUGCAAGUUUCUGAUUCAUCGUCUAAUGCGACAUACCAAAUAAUCUAUCAUCCACACUCUGGAAAAUGUUUAAAUGCCGAUGAAAACAAUAAGGUGUUACUAAGUGAUUGUCAGAAGAAAAGCAGAUGGAAUUACAAUGGUGAAGGAUCUCAAGUUCAAUUGGUUGGAUCAACAAAUUGUUUACAAUUGGUCGGGGAUGGUCUUCCGGUUGUGCUAUCAUCCGAAUGCGACGAUAAUCGGAGCACAUGGAAGGCAGUUUCCGAGUCCAAAUAUCAAAUAUUUGCAAAGGAUUUGCAAGGAAGAGCAUUGUGCUUGGAAGGGAACUCAACAGAGGCCUCAAUCUUGACAAAGGAGUGCCUCUGCCUGGGAAAUUCUACUUGUUCUGAGAAUCCUCAAGUCCAGUGGUUCAACUUUGUUCCCUCAAAUAUACCAUAAAUUUUCAUAGAUUUUUCUGCUUGUUGAAAUUGUCAUUAUCAUUUAUCUGAAAA